AUGAUUGCAAUCAUCUCCAUUGUCCUGGCUUUCUUGGCUCCACAGGCUAGUGCUGUCAUCGGUGGAGACCUCAAUUGUACCACCUACAAUGGAACCGCUUUCGUUUGGACCACAGCUGCCACCGCUUGCCCCAACGUCAUCUCCGAUUCCUCUUGCGCUAUCCUCUACCCAGCACCAGUUGUUGCUGACGGAUAUCCAUCUCCAGGAAGAGAUCAGCAGAGACCAUUGGCCUGCUACACUACCGCCUCGGCCACUCCAGCUGGAAUUGUCAUGGAUAUGAAGAAGGCUGCUAUGGAUAACUGUCCAAGAGCUUGUGGAUUGUGUUGCCAGACUUCAGCAUACAACUGCGCCAAUGUUGCUUAUCCACGUCUCAACUGUGCUACCAUCACUCAAUCCCAAUGCCUUUCAUCUGUCUGGAGAUCAAUCAUCGCCACCGACUGCCCAUCUGCAUGUGGAUUCUGUAACUCUGGAGGAUGUGUCGAUGCCGUUAUUGACUGUGCCAAUGACAGAUCCAUCUGUAACACUGUCGGACUUCAAGACUUUGUCAAUACCUACUGCCAACAAACAUGCCAAAGAUGUGCUUCAUCCACCACUGUCACUUCUUCCAUCUCCACCGGAACAUGCACAACCUACAACGCCGAUUCAAGCACCGCCUGUACUGCUUGGGCCACCAAUGGAUUCUGCACCAACACCUUCUACACUCUUGCUCAGAGAAAAGCCUACUGUGCUAGAACAUGCAGAAUCUGCUGA